UUACCUACAUAAGCCUGAACAUGUCGUAGCGGGUCACAUAUGAUUACACUGACUGAUCAACAACAUUAGGUUAUUGGUGCCUUUUGGGAACAGUGCAGUCCUAAUUUGAACUCAAGUGUAUGAAGAUAAUUUUUGGUGUUAAUUCAUUAACUUUAUUUCUGGGAUUAAAACAAAUUAGCAGACCAAUAAGGCAUAAAAGAGAGAAAGGGAAAAAACAAAAUGAGCAAAGACAGUGAAAGUUCUGUGUCUGACAAUGAAGUUAUAGAGAGGGGAGUGUGGUCGAGGAAGAUUGAAUACUUGUUAUCCGUCCUUGGAUACAUUGUAGGAUUAGGGAACCUAUGGCGUUUUCCUUAUAUUUGUCUGAGAAAUGGGGGAGGUGCGUUUUUGAUACCGUUUUUCAUCUGUCUGGUGUUCUGUGGAAUACCUUUGUUCUUCCUUGAAACAGCAGUUGGACAGUUCACUGGACAAGGUACACUUCAUGUGUGGGAGGUCUGUCCAAUUUUCAAAGGAGUUGGAGUAGGUAUGCUCAUAUCAAUGACUAUUUUUUGUAUUUAUUACAAUGUUAUUAUGGCAUGGUCACUGUAUUACAUAGCAAGUUCGUUUGCCGUGCCUCUACCAUGGACAUCCUGCAAUAAUGAAUGGAAUAGCGAAUAUUGUACAGACGACCGCAGUACUUUAAAUCUGACAUCCCAAGUUAUGCAAGGCAUUAAUUCAACUAACAGCACUCCGAAUUGGAUAACGGCUCAAGAAGAAUUUUGGCAAGAAAGUGUGCUGGGUAUGUCUUUAGGAAUAGAAGAAAUUGGUACUAUUAAUUGGAAGUUGAUGCUGUGUUUACUAGGAGCAUGGGUGGUUGUUGGUUUAUGCAUCAUUAAAGGUGUUAAAUCUCUUGGAAAAGUAGUGUAUGUGACAGCUACUAUACCAUACAUAUUACUUACUGUUAUUCUUGUCCGAGGACUUACACUUGAUGGGUCAAUAAAUGGAAUUAAAGUUUACCUUUCCCCAGAUUUCAGCAAAUUAUUGGAACUUCAGGUUUGGCUAGAAGCUGCAAUUCAAGUGUUUUAUUCUCUUGGGCCUGGAUGGGGACCAUUGUUCACUAUGGCAAGUUUUAAUAAGUUUAACAAUAACUGUCUUCGUGACUCAGUACUGCUGUCAUUAGCUGGUGAGGGAACCAGUUUAUAUUCAGGAUUUAUUAUCUUCACGGUUCUUGGAUUUAUGUCAACAUCCUUCUCACUUCCUAUAGAUAAACUAGUCAAGUCAGGUCCUGGACUGGGUUUUAUUGUAUACCCGGAAGCAUUAGCCCAAUUACCUGGACAAAAUGUUUGGGCUUUUAUAUUUUUUGUGAUGCUGUUAACAGUUGGUUUGGAUAGUCAGUUCGCAUAUUGUGAGGCUGUUAUCGUAGCUUGUACAGACAAAUUUAAAAAACUGAGAAAAAGAAGAAUCCUGUUUGUUGUAGCAUUUUGUAUUGCAAACUUCCUUCUUGGUUUAAUCAUGGUUACACAGGGAGGCAUAUACGUGUUCCAGUUGGUUGAUUGGUACAUAGCAGCAUUUUCUCCGGCUGUUUUUGGACUCAUUGAAUGUAUUGUCUUUGGUUGGAUAUACGGAUUUGAUAGAUUCUCAAAAGAUGUCCAUUUGAUGCUUGGAAGGGGGAUACCAAUGUUCUUCAGAAUUUGUAUUUGCUUCAUAACACCUGCUAUUCUGUUGGGAUUGUUUGUUUACAGUUUGACAUCAUAUAAACCUCCAUCAUACGGGUCUUACGAAUAUCCACUUUUAGCAGCAGGGUUUGGAACAUUUUUGUCAAUCUUACCGUUAAUACCAAUACCUAUUUGUGCUGUUGGUAUUGUUUUACAUGCACCUGGAGACACACUAAAAGAUAAAAUUGCAACAGCAUUGAAACCAACUCCAAAAUGGAAGCCUGUCAGUAAAGAACUUCAGGACAGUUACUAUGAUAGUGACAGUGAAAGUAGCAGAAGCUUGAUUGAGACAAUAAAAUUGAAUGUCAUGGGGCAUACAUAAUAUUUCGACAAGGACAAUAUUGAGACUUUAGACAUAUACAGUUAUGAAAGUAGUGUAAAAAAAGUGAUUAUUAAAUAGUUUUUUUACCGCUCAUUCAUUUAUUUCAAGUUGUAUCUGUUAUAUUAUUCAUUUAAAUGUAUUUGUUUUAAAGAUGUUUAGUUUAUCUCAUUGAUAUUUACUAUAGAGAGGCAAAAAGAUACUAUUAGGAUAUUUAAAGAUGUUCGACCGAUUUUAUCCUUAUUUGUUUAUCUUAUAGUGUCAAAAUAUAAAGGUAAUGAGUUGAUGAAACUCAAUUGUGUUCGCUUAUUAAAGAAUCUUUAUUUUUUA